GCGCUGAAUGACAAGCAGGAAGCAGCAGCCAGGGAAUGCACAAGCACGAGUUACGUUUCCCCUCUCAUGAAGCGCAAACUGACUAUACGCUUUUAGCACCAGUCAGUGCCUGCUCCCCACCGCUGCCGCCGCCCGCACUGAGAUCCUCUCCCGCCGGUGGCGCCCGCUCUGGCGCUCCUCCCCGCUCAACCUCAAGGCUCGCGUCAUCACCGGCAGUGAAGACGAGGCGGAGACCUCGGGGUUCGUCUCCCGCAUCCUCUCAGGCCACCCCUGUGCCGCUCGCCGCUUGUCGCUCAGCUGGUACGGCCGCGACGACGGCCUCUUCCCCACUCUCGAUUCCUGGCUCCGGCUGCCCCUCCUCGGUGGCCUCCAUGAGCUCGAGCUGUUCUACCACUCCAUUGGAACUGAGGACCCUGGUAGCCCUCCGCUGGUGCCGUCCACAUUCUGUUGCUCGGCGACGCUCUGGGUCCUCUCCCUCUGCUCUGGAGACGAGGUGCUGCGGUUCCCGCCUGCAGAGAUCGUCAGCACGCUCGAUUUCCCUUGCAUCAAGCAGCACACCCUCAAGAGGGUCCACAGCGCUGAGACCUCCCUUCAUGGAAUCCUGUCCAGAUGCCCUGUCCUGGCGAGCUUGUUGCUGCGCUUGAACACUGGCUGUGGUUGUCUACCCUUCAGAGCUUUGUCGUGUCCAAUGGUUGGUAUGCAGAAGAGGUGAGGCUGGAAGAAGUCAUUGUUGAUAAUGUGCCGCUGCUAGAAAGGCUCAUUCCGCGGAACGUAUCAGGUGAAAUGGUGAUCCGAGUAAUUCAGGCUCCAAAACUUAAAGUACUGGGCUAUCUACAGGAUUACAUCUCCACUAUUCAGCUCAGCCCCAUAGUUUUCCAGAAAAUGAUGCCGCUUAACCUGUCCACUGUGGCCCAUACCAUGAAGACUUUGUCUCUGUAUAUUAGUCCUGAUUUGGGCGUUGUUAUUGGUUUACUGAAAUGCUUUCCGUGUGUUGAGGCAUUAUACUUCGAGUCACAUGGUCCGCGAAACAUCAAUAACACGUUGCACUCUGAUCAGCCUUGAUCACCAUCUCAGGAAGUUGGUGUUUACGUCUUAUGGUGGAACAGAGUCAGAAGUGAACUUUCUUUGUCUUGAAUCCCAAAGUUCUAGAAUUUAUGAAGAUUGUAACCCACGGCACUGACCCUUAUUCUGCUCAGGAACUGCAUCUGGAAGCUAGAGCUUCACAUGGUGCUGAAAUUGUUUUUGAAUCUGAUUUUUAGUCUUGCGGUAUGGUACACAUCAUGACAUCAAUCAUAUCCAUGAUAUGGCUAUGGAUGACCCCUUUGAUUUAUCAUUAUGUCGAUGUGAUAAUGAUCCAAUUUGGGAUAUGGUCUAGAUAGGCCACUUUUAUUUGAAGUUCAUUGUUAGCCCAUGAGCUGUAUUAUGCACAAAUCAAAUCCAUGAUUUGGCCAUGGUGUCUGAAAAUAUACUUCUAUUGCCAUCUUCCAUUUUGGAAUUUAACCAGCAAGAUGUAAUUGUCAUCAUUCUGCUGA